AACAACUCAAAAAGAAAAUACAGAGGGGAUCAAGGGAGUAAAUUUGAAUAUGGGCCGGGCCAGAGUGAACCAAAACCUGCGGUACCAUGGGCUUCUGUUCAUCCCUAAUGCAAUUCCCGGCAAUCUGAGCACGAAGGACAAUCCGAAGCAAUCCGGUCUAACUCUCCCCAAUCUCCAUCUUCACCGGGUCCAGUUCUCGGCUUCUCGCCGUCAACAACCCUCCACUCGUCCGUGACUUCUACCGCCGGCCUCCGUGGAUUCAAUCCUCAGCCAAAAAUGGUCCGUGCUUAUAAGCUGAAAGGGAAGAAGAGGAAAGCGAAAGAAGAAAAUUAUGACAGGGAAGAUAUAGUCGAGGAGUGUUUGGCAGAUGAAACAAUCGAAACCAUCAAAAGAGCCAAGAGUAAUGUUACGGAAGAAGACGAAGAGGAAGCAGCAGAGGCGGUAAAUCUACUAUCUGGUAUUCCAGUUGUCUCAGCUGAGCAAAGUAAAAAACCUUCAGUUAUUUUUAUUCUAGAGAGGGCAUCUUUGGAGAUUGCCAAAAUCGGAAAGAGUUACCAACUUCUCAACUCGGAUGAGCAUGCCAACUUUCUGAAAAGAAAUAACCGAAACCCGGCUGAAUAUAGGCCGGACAUAGCCCACCAGGCAAUGCUUAUGAUUUUAGAUAGCCGGUUAAAUAAGGCUGGGAGAUUGAAAGCUCUGUAUGUGAAGACUGAAAAGGGUGUCCUUUUUGAAGUUAAACCUCAUGUUCGUAUUCCUAGGACAUUCAAGCGAUUUUCUGGUAUCAUGUUGCAGUUGCUCCAAAAGCUUAGUAUAUCAGCUGCUGGUAAGAAAGAAAAACUACUCCGUGUUAGAAAGAAUCCUGUUACACAGUAUCUACCCGUAGAUUAUCGGAAAAUUGGCUUUUCACACAGUUCAGAGAAGUUAGUUGACAUUCAGAACUAUGUUGAUAAUGUUGGCAGUGAUACAAACCUUGUUUUUGUGCUUGGUGCAAUGUCCCAUGGAAAAAUUGAUAAUGAUUACGUUGAAGAUAUCGUUUCAGUUUCUGAUUAUCCACUCAGUGCCGCGUACUGUAUAUGUAUGAUAACUACUGCUUUGGAGCGCAAUUGGAAGAUACUAUAGACACAGACUGUUCUCUCUGAUUCAUCAGGAAAAUAGAUGCUGCAGUUUUUAUGUUUGCCUUGUUAGACCUUACUCAUAACUUUAUACUUUUGAUUUCCAGCUUGUUUAAUUUUGAUGAAAGUUGAAACAGUGGUGUGUUUGGGAACUUAGAUUUGGAUUUCAAUUUUAGAUUUGGGCCAAAUUAUAUGUUUGGGAAUUACCCUUGUGUAUUGUCUACAUUGAAUUAAAAUGGAUGAUUUAUGGUAGUAAUGGCGUCAUUUAUUAUGCCCUUCAUCACUACUCUCUAUGGUACUUCCUCCGUCCCAAAUUAUAAUGCAUGUUUACUAUUCACAGG